GGCUGAACUCGAACGGUGACCACAGGGCGCGCUAAACAGCGACGUUCGUCGUCUUGUUGUCGUCUCGCCUGCUCAUGGAUAAUGCUGCGCAAAAGCUAUUGGAAUCGGCAACACACAGAGCGCUCCAUGCAUCGAACUUCUCUCGGUCUUCUUCCCAGGCGUCCUUAGUUCUCACCGACCUUCUCUCGCGUUACUUGGCUCUUUUGUCGUCGACAUGUGCGAAAUACGCACAGCACGCAGGCAGGACGAAGUUGACACCGAUGGAUGCACUAUCUGCUUUGGAUGAGCUUGGGGUGAGCCUUGAUGAACUGAAGGAAUACGGGUCAACGGAAGGCAUUGAGCUGAACCGUUACGCGGUCAAGUCCUUGCGGCGGGUCGAGGAUCUGAAUGAAUUCCGAGCCCAACUGAAUGACGGACUACGGCAGGAUCGCAACGAUGCGAUCCCAUUGCAUUAUGCGCCGUUCUCUGGCGUCGAAGCCUUGGAGGAGGAGGAAUAUGAAGAUGAGGAAAUGGAGGAGCCGGCGGUCGCUGACGGUGAUGAAGAUGCCGAAGCGUCGUUCGACGAAGACGACGAAUUCAACGUUAAUCUUCCUCCCAACCACGAACCCAGACAUGCUCCUCCAAUACCUACAUUGCCGCUGUCUCCUAUAUCGAACCCAUCUACGCCGCCACGGAAACGGCAACGGACCCUAGAUUGGGAUCCGCCGCCCCAUAUUCCUGACUUUCUACCUCCAUUUCCUGCCAUCCUACCAGCCUCUCCUCCUCAAACACAGACUGAACCGGCAGAGGACACAGUUCCUGUUGAGAACACAAAGAACCCCCGUCCUCAUUCUCCUGCACUUCAGGCGCCACCUGCACAAGCGCUGACGUCGUCAGCCACAGCGGAUUGGCUGAUGCAGGUGCCGUACUCUCAGUCCUCAUUGUCUUCUCAGCCAGAAUGGCAUCUUCCGUCACCGCCUACUGACCAUUCCACUCUACCUGCGCGUAUAUCCCGAUUCCCUACACCCCAAACUGAUCAAUCCCUCUUUGCCGCGUAUCAUCAUAUUCUCACGAGUCGGUCGUCAACCGACAAUCUGGGAACCAGCAACCCUCAGAGACAUAAAGUCGCCAUGUCUCUGUUGGCGCUGACGCAAACGUCGUCGCGGUGGGACCCUCCGGAUACGUUGCACUCUAAUCUUGCAACAAAUCAACCCAGAGUGUCGGCCAUGGGUCCUAGCUUUGCUGUGCCUACUCCCGGAGGGCAUGGCUUCGAAAAGGUGAAGGACAAAGAUUUCAAGUUCCCUAGCAUUCCAGGAAAAAGUGUUUCGUCGACUGAGCGACUUUCGAAUGUCGUGAGUCAGCAGUCGUCGAGAAUACCCGAACUUGCUAGGCAUGUUCUUCCGUCGAAGAUCUUUAACCGUACAAGCAAGCUUAGCAACCCGCCUGUCAUGACAGUGGAUGGAAAACAGCUUACCUAUGGCGUUGGUAUUCCUGCGCCUUGGAAUUCGUCUUCUGCGACGACCACGACUACCGACCCAACAACGGGGAGGAAGGAGGAAAAGCCGUGUGCUGUGCCUGACGCAAAGCUGUUCGCUACUUGGGAUUCUGAGACAAAAAAUUACAGGGAACCUCUAGGCCGUGGGAGACAGGUAGGACGAACUAGCAAGAGCAUGCUAGGGUCCGCGUUGACAAGGAGAAGCAGAGUGUGAGCAUCCGGACAUUCGCUUUCGUCAUGUAUGUAUAGUCGCAUUGAAUGUAAUCUUAUCGUCGGUUGCACGUUUUAACUUAUGUGUCCUACUACUAGCAUGAAGGAAGGUUGAUAAUAUAGAUUC